AUGCGCCAGCCAAAAUUCUCUGAGCCAGAAAGCUUUGGUGUCGCAGUCGUGAAUUUGAUAUACACAACCACAGACAUUUGCAAGAAUUCGACGCAAUGGCUGCCAUCGGGUCUCUCGUCUUUUGCACCGACUGCGGAAAUCUUCUUCCGGCCAGUAAAGGCACAGAAAAGAAUUCAUUGA